CGCGAGCUUCUCAGUGUCAGUAGAUCAGUGACUCCGGUAACUCGUAUCUCUCGUAGUUCGCGCCAAGUGUAAAAUACAGUUAUCAGUGACAGUGAACAGUGUGGUGUUCGCGUAGAUGUGCGGAGUGACCUAGUGCCAUGAUGAGUGUUGGGAUGCCUUGGCCCGAGGGCCAAGGCGUGUUGCCGUUACCGAUGUGUACAGGAGUGGACGAGGAUCUAAGGAUGUGCAGUGACUCGGAUAGUCAGCUGGAGUUGUCCGAGUUGAUAGAGUCGAUCACCUGCGACGACGCGGGACCCACGGAGGGGGGUGCGGUCGUGUCGGGCAUCCUGGACUGUCUGCUGGACCGAGUGGAAGCGGCGGUCAACGCGCCCACGCGGGAAAGCGUGCAACUAAACGCGCGGCAAAUCGAUGACUACAGAUCACGUGAUAACAAAUCUAACGACGUUGAUCCUCAGGCCGAUGACACAAAGAAGUUCCAUAGAAAACGGGACCUCGAUAGAAAAAGGUCCCGUAGGAGGUCAACGUCUUGCUCAACGACCUCUUCGGCGUGCUCAGACGUGUCGAGGAAACAUCGACGAAAACAUAAACAUCACCGAAGGAAAGAAGAAGAUCCUAGUCCCAGAGUGAACCCAAUUUUCUUGUGGGUGAAACAGGACGAUACUAGAAUAGUUGAAGUUCUUUGCGAGGACUACGACAAAAGAAAUAGGAUUAGGUUGACCAAAACUGCUCACGGCUGGAGAGCGAUGCCUAGGACGGAGCGCCUCGACUCCGCUCUGUCUAGGAGCUCAUUGGACCUUUCCCCCUCUCCGCCACCGACGACGGAGUGCCCCUCUCUAGUCUCCCACCCCCAGACCAAAGAGAAGAAGAAGACGAAAAGGUGUGUGUCUAGAAAGAAUAAACGCUGUGAUAGAAAAAGAGACAAAAGCUUUAAAAAUGAAGAUUACGUCAAUGUAUGUAAACACGUUGAUGUUGUAAAUAAUAAUAACUGUAGUUUAAGUAAUAAUAACAAUAAUGUUGAAAAUAGGGUAGUAACUGAGUCCAAUAUAUCUGAUCCUACGUUGAGAAGUUUCGGGUACAAAAAAGCGUGCCAUCAAAGUUUGAAACUAAGUAAAAAGAAGAGAGACAAUAAGUUGGAUGAUGUUGAUGUAUAUGAUUUUGUGGAUACACCAAAUACGGAGUCCGACCAAGCUGAAGAUGAUACAGAGCCGAAUUGUGAGCACAAAAUAGAAAAUGUACAAGUGAAAAAUGAAAUAUUGCCACAAACACGUGAUGAAGAUAUGGAAAAUGGAGUUGAUUCCACAGAAUAUGUCACCGAAUGUCACAUUACCAGCACCCAUCAGUCAGGCAGCACAAUCAUCAGUGAACCUGAACACUCUGAGCAAGUAACAUGCUCAAAUGAGAGUGUAGGAAUUAAGGAAUCUACAUUAGGGCUCCAUGAAGAGUUGGCCACAGUAGCUGAUUCAUCCGUUGAGAUCAAGAGUGUCACAGAACCAAUUUCUACUGAUAAAGUUGAAUCAUCUGUCGACAAAGAUGAAAUGUCAGAAGGACAAAUAAAUAAUACACUUAAGGUAGCAGAAGGGAUGGACCCCUCACUGAAAUUAGAAGAGAAUAGUCAAAUACCACUAGCAAAUCUUCUAGAUAGCAACCAGACACUGGUUACUCCUACUAACAUGCAGGACUCAAACGAGAUCAUCAAACCUUCUGAAGAAACGCCCAUUUGUAAAAUAGAAAAACCUCACACAUUUAGCGAAGAAACAUGUUUACCAACGGACACUACCGUAAGCAAACCAUCACAGAUUGAAGAAGCGCAAGAAGUAGAAUCUAGUACAGGUGAAAAAGUUGAUGAUAAAAAAUCCGACGCAAUAGAGGGCAACAUUCAAGAGGACGACGCAGAAGAUGAACCUCUCCAAGACAUAAUUCUACCUGAACCACAUCUUCAGACUCCAGAGCCGUCUCCACAACCAGUACCUGAACCUUCUUCUGAAGAGCCGCAAAAGAGCUUGGUUGAAAUAUCUCUCCAGCCUGAAACAUCGUUAGAUUCAGACGCUAUCCAUCUACCGGACACUACAACUAAAUCUGAUUCAUCAAGUUUGAUUAGCACUGAUAUUUCUUUAGGUCAAAAACUGUCUAUUCCUAAACCCCAAGCUGAACUAGACAGCCAGUCGAGUCAGUCUACAACUUUAGAUGACCACCUUCAUACUGAAACCAAAUCUAUAACAGAACUAGGUCAACAAACUCGAAAUCAGUUGAAAACUGCAGAAAUGAUUCGCCAGGAGGAGAUUGAAAGACAAAUAACUGCAGAUUUAGACGAAGAUCACCUUUUGGCGAUAGAAGAAAUCCUUCAAGGAGAAGAAUGUGUUGAGGAUUUUAGUGACGAUGACUUGCCAGAAGAAUAUUCAGCAAGUCACGAUUCAUCUCCUGUAAAUUUAGUUAUAGACUUGAAAAGUAAGGACCAAGUAGAUAACAGAGGAAUACCACUUUCUCUCAGAACUGAUGACUUCCUAGAGAUGUUUCCAACCCCUCCACCUCCAAUGAAAGACCCCAAUGAAAUGAUAUCUCCAGUGCCAGUUACACUAGCUACUAAGAAGGAGGAGGUGAAAGAUGAAAAGAAAAUUCCUCAUGCUCACCAACAGAGCAAAACCAAGUUCCUAGAAUCUAUUUUGUCUUGUCCAAAAAGAAGUCAUAAAACAGCUGAAAAACCUGACUCUUCUGAUCAGCAAGAGCCUUUGUAUUUAGGUGUAUCAAGGAAAAGUGCCAGUCCAACAGUUAGUUCAUCAGAUGGGAGAAAGUUUUCGUCACCAGAGUUAGAACCUAAGCCUAAACGUAUAAAAGUUGAGGAUAUAACAUUGAAAACCAUUUUGAACCGAAACAAAGAAUCGUUUACAAAAAAUAAAGUCAGCAAAAUUAAUAACAUUGAAGAUACUCAACAAACUGCAGAUUCAACCACGAAAUCAAGGCUGCUAGAACUAUUAACCAACGAAAACGAUGAGCACAUCAGUAAAAUGGAUCCAUUAACCCAGCUUAAAGAAGUCCUUUCAGAUCCCGAAUUGAAUGUCCCUGAUCCAUUAUUGGUACCCAGAGAAAGACUCCCAGCCUUGGUCGCAAAUCCAGCAAAAGAAAUACCAAAGCUUUUGACAAUGAAAUCUGAAAACCUCUCAUAUCCAAAAUUGCUAACCGACCCAGAUUUGCUAGUCGUGUCUCUCUCUCACCUGCAGAGCCUUCUACAAGUCGCUGGUAAAGAAGAGGAAAUGCUGAAAUACCAACAACAGGCACAGUAUUUGCAACAACAGAUGAAACAAGAACAAGCUACUUUAGACGCAGCUACUGCUACUGCCUUAAAUCAAAUGAUGUGGCUACCAUAUCUGAGUCAGUUGGAAGCAGCUGCUAUGGCAUGUGGAAAUACACAAGACUUUAUGACUAUGCUAAACAUGGUAUUCCCUUCAGGAACGUAUCCACAGAUGACGAAUCCAUAUCUCAUGCCUACAGCUACCUCUCCAGGAAUUAACGCCUACGACUACAAAAGUCAGCUGGAGUUUCAACAAGCGUUUGCUUUAUGGAACGAGGCUAUGAUGCAGGCAGCUACGAACCAAUUUGCCGCACAGUCUCUUUCAUCAUCUAAUCCAAAUAACAUAUCAAAAUUUUAUCAAAACUACCAAGACACUAAGUAUACUCCAAAAUCCCAAACGCCUGCAGUCAGCAAACAUCAAGAAACCAAACAUACAGCUGCGAGAACUAGCCCUAUCAGUCAAAAUUAUCAGCAGAAUAAAUACAGAUCUAGUAGUCAGUUCCCGUACACUUCAAUGUUCAGCAUUCCGACCUCUACACCCACGACAUCUCUUUCCUCCAGUACUUCCCAAUACAAAACAACGCCGUCAGCACAAUCUCAAUCAUAUACGGGAAAACAAAGAAGUUAUAACUACAACGGAUAUUCAUCACUCACCCCGAAGACCGAACCUUCAACUGUAAGCGCUCUUAAUGGAUCAGAGUUGUUCAGCAGGAGUCAUCCACCAAAGCAGAACAGCAGCGUCACUACAAAUUACAAUACCAAAGCGAUGAUGAACUUUCUUUCCAAGCCCAAGCAGCCAGAUGUUAAAAACCAAAGCCAUGUCAGCAAAGUAUAUCCAACUUCCACAACUAUGAUCCCAAAAGAGACUACCAUCAAGAUGACUUCACAACCUGUAAAGAUUACUUCGGAUCCUCCCAAGUUAAAGGUCAAGCAACCUCAGCAUUUAGUGGAUCCCAACUCCAGACCGAAACUUCUCAACUUCGACGAGCACGGUGAGGUUGGCAGUACCACUGGAUCACUCACUCCACAUGUCGACGAGAAUCAUCCAAAUCUGUGGCAUCCUCUCUUUAGCAGCCAACAGAAGAGCCACUCGUCGCCGUGGCAGUGGACUACCCCCGUGACUGUGUCAGGCGAGUGACCUUGGCUACCCCCCUACCAGCACCCGCCCCCUUGGUAGACCCACCAGGGGGCUUGGUAGGGACCUCAGGCUGUGCUACGACAUACCCACCACACACACACACCGACAUCGUUGUUACUACUACAAUCCUACCCUAUAUAUACAAAUAUUUAUAAAUAUCGUUAAAUAAAUAUAUUAGUGUGUUUAUGUUAAGUUUUGUAAA